AUGAACAUAUACAUGGUUAUCUUCCGCCUGCGCCCAGACGACUCAUUCUUCAUAGCCAGUGGGCUCAAGGGACUCUGUGGAAGCAUCGCAGUCUACCUGGGCCGGCACGGAGCAAGAAAUUGGUUGUUAUCUGUCGCAGUGUGGAAUAUCACGUCCCUUGGCGACGUCCGCCGUGCCUUUACUACGGCCUCGUUGCCCGUCAUCGGCGUAGUUCAAGGCACAAUGGUCCUACGCGACCGCAUGUUCUCGACCAUGACGCCCGACGAGUUCCGACAGCCAUCGCAUCAAAGUUUCCGGAGCUUGAAACCUGCGUCACGCGUCGCUCGAGCUAUCAACUUCAUUGCAUUUCAUUAUCCUCCUAUCCAGCGGCUCAUCGGGCGACACGGACCAUGCCAUUUACUCACUGCCGCCGUGGAGCUGGCGAAUCCGGUCCUGAUGCGCAGCUUGGGUGUUGUGGAGCCGUUGAAACCGACGCGCCCCCUAAGCAAUUACGGAGUUGACUCGCUGGUCGCCGUGGAGUUGAGGAACUGGGUCCCUCAGCAGUUGGAGAUUGACAUUAGUGUGUUGCAGAUUGUGAGUGUUAGGACUCUGACGGCGUUGUGCGAGACGCUUCUGGGCAAGUUGGUGCGGUAG